GAACAGACAAUGGUGGCAAGAUCAGUUUAUAGUAUACCCUACAGACAGAGAAGUAAAACUACAAAAUUAUGUUCAAUCAUUGCAGCAUGGGCUAAGAGUAUCUGAUGUAAAUGAGACCUCACUGCAGGAAGCACUCCUUGAGGCUAGUCAGCAAGUUAUUGAACCUACACCACUAGACAAGACAAGAGUAGAACCAGUGAAAGAAGCUAAACUAUCUUUAACUAAAGAGGAACUGUCCACUGGACCAACUGAUGUUUAUGAAGAUAAUGAUGAUCUUAAAGGAGAGGAGAAGGAGGAGGAGCAGACAACAAAAACUAAGCAAACAGCGAUUCAAGAAAAGUAUGAAAAACUUAAAGCUAAUGUAAUCAUGCUUACUAAUGAGAAACUACAAUUACAGGACAAAUUAGAAUCAUCAAUUAGUGAAAAUGAGAAACUUAAACUUCAAAUCUCCGACAAGGAUAAACUGUUAGCUAAGUUUAUGAAGGAGAGGGUAGCAGUGAAAGAGAUGAUUUCUGUUGGUAUUCAGUUUCAUUAUAUUGUUCCAUCAGUGGAUAAUUUAGAGUAUCUGAGUGAUGUUAACAUAGCCAGUAAGAAACUGUUCCUGAUACAAGGAGACAGACCUCAACUGCUAAACUGGGAGAAGUAUGGGCUAAGAAUUGGAGUAUCUGGAGGAAGCCUAUUGUCCACAGAGACAGCUGAGGUAGCCGUGGUCGCUCUUGUAGGAGGACAGUUUGUGUUUCCUAAGAACACAGUACUCGUUAGUGCUGUGUAUGCAGUUUCCAUUUCCAGACCUCUCCUCAAAGCACUGAGGCUUGAGAUGCAACACUGCAUUGAUCUUUCCAGAGGAGUUAAAACAAAAUAUUUGAAAUUUGCCAUAGCUCCCGUGAGCACACCUAGUCUUCCUUACCAGUUCUCAUUUGUUGAUGGGGGGGAGUUCAGUGAGGGGAAAUGGUACGGAUCUAUUUAUAGGGAGAAGUUUUGCCUUGUUGGUAUCGUUGGGUCCUUGACUAAUGGAGAGAGAGGAGGUGAUCAGGAGGAGCAAGAAGAAAAAGAAAAUGAAGAUCAUGAUAAUGGAAGGAAUGAAAAUGGAGGAGCAAGGCUGCAAUAUUUGCAAGGAGAUGCAGCAAGAGAGCAACAAGGAGCAGCAAAUGUGGAACAAAAAGAGGAAGGAGAAGGAGACGUGAAGCAGAAAAUUGAAGAGAGAGGACUGGAAAAAAGAGGUGAAGGUGAGAAGCAAAAACAAGAGACCAAAGGACAAAAUACACUGCCAGGAGAUAAUGAUAAAGAAAAGUCCUCCACUGGUGUGUCUGAAUCAAUGACAUAUGCUGGAAUAGUUUAUUAUGAAGUAAAAGGUGUUGAAGAUUUAGUUACGUUUGCUGCUGCUAAAAAUCUGAAUGCCCUUCUUGAGUAUCUUAAAGAUUAUCAUUCUAAAGCCGAGAUGGGACAGAACGUUUACUUUUGUUUCAAUGAUUCUUCUAAAUACAUUGAACUAAUGAUGGAUGAGCCACAAACUGAACCUUUUACUGGUUGGAAGAUUAAACCUCAUUUUAGACCUUGCAGGUUGCGUCAAAAAGAUAUUAAUAAUUUUGGGAAAAAGGAUUACCCACUUCCUCCCUCUUGCUUGAUCUCAGUUUAUGGAUCACCUGCCCCUGGUACUGAAGCUAUGCUACACUAUGCUAUACCGCUGGAUGGUGUUGAUGAACCAGUAACAAUCUUCAUCCACAGAUCUUUAAGAAAUGCUCCUCAGCAUCCUUUAUCAGCAUCAGCCACUACUGCAGUACAAACUGGAGUACAAGCUAGUCCUAUUGUAUCAUCAGUUGAUUCAUCACUUGUUCCCACCACACCAAUGGAAAUACGUAGAGCAGAAGUUAUUCCUGAAGUUGCUUAUAGAGUAAUGUUAGAAUGUAUUCCAGGAAUCAGACGCUGUGGGAUUGAUCUUCACUUCUUAGCAGAAAAGUUAUUAGAAAAGAAGGUAAUAAAUAACAGACAAAGAAAGAAAGCCACUGAUGAACACAGUGGACAUACCACUGACCAGAGAAUGGAUCAACUACUUGACAUUAUUAAAGACUCUGUACAACAAGAGGGAAAGGUUUUUGAGUAUAUUUUAGAAAUACUUAAAGAUGAAGAUACCAUACUAGCUAACAAGCUGUAUGAUGAUAUGAUUAAUAAAUAUGAACAACAUAGAUGAAUAUUCGUGUAUGUAUGACUUGACUUGUUAUACAAUGUUACAUUUUUCUUAUUAUAUUGGUAUUGAAAUUUAGUACUA